GUAUACUGCUGGGCCAUAGGUGAAACCGCGGCAGAUUGGACACCUCUGGACGCUGUCUACUUCUCUUUUAUAAGCAUCACAUCUAUUGGACUUGGAGAUAUUGUUCCAACCUCCAGACUAAUUGAACUAACUGAACAGUUGCUGGAGCGUCUUUCUGGAGGUUCAUCUGCCGACAGUCAACAGGGCAAUCAGCUUCAAGGACGAUAUGCUUUGGGUGCCAGCGGAAGAAUCGCUUCCGCCAAUUUACAACCCAACAGCACCAUGGCAAAUUAUCAUUAG